CUGAUCUGGAGGUUUUGCCCCCUCAAGUUGUUUUUGCAGAGAACAACACAGAGACCUCUCUCCCUCUGUCUCCUUCUCUCUCUCUCCUGUUGUUGUUUUUAAUUUAUUGGAUUCAAACCCACAGCGCAGUUUUAUUAUGCCACUUGUUUUUAGAAUGAGCAUCUUGCCAUUUCCACUCGUCUUGUUUUUUUGUCAUCCACGAUGAUCUAAGCCCAGGUCUGACCCAGUUUUAGCGUCUGAGGCUGCCCAUGUGUUAGUGGAGAUGUUUCCCGCAGGAGAGGAGCUCCCCUCCGGGUUGUUUACCUCCCUGGAGGGGUCCCCUGGAGGAGCUGCAGCCUCCCCAACACUGGAGCUCAGCCUCACCACUGUCUACACUGUCCUCUACUCCGUCCUGUUCCUCUUCGUCUACCUGCAGCUCUGGCUCAUUCUGCACUACGGACACAAGCGCUUCAGUUUCCAGAGCGUGUUUCUGUUCCUGUGCCUGCUGUGGGCAGCGCUCAGGACCACCCUCUUCUCCUUCUACUUCAAAAAUGUGCUGCAGGCCAACCAGCUGCAGCCCCUGGCCUACUGGCUGCUGUACUGCUGCCCUGUCUGCCUGCAGUUCUUCACUCUCUGCCUGCUCAACCUCUACUUCACACAGGUGAUGUUUAAGGCCAAAGCCAAGUAUUCCCCAGAGCUCACCAAAUACAAGGUUCCUCUACGGUUGUUCUUCCUGUGUCUCAGUAUAUUUUUCCUGGUGGUGAAUCUAACUUGUGCAUUGUUAGUGCAAGGAGCUCUGGAGCGUUCAGAAUCACCGAGUGAUGGGGGCAUCCGACAUGCAGUGUUGGCCCGAGUUCUGAUCAGCGACAGCCUGUUCGUCUUGUGUGCCGUCUCUCUGGCCGUCUGCAUCUUCAAGAUUGCCAAGAUGUCCUCUGCUAACGUUUACCUUGAAUCUAAGGGUACGUCAGUGUGUCAGGCGACCGCUGUCGGAGCCGUGGUGAUUCUCCUCUUCACGUCCAGGGCCUGUUACAACCUGGUGGUGGUGGUUUUGUCACCACAGGACCGACCCAGUCCCUUUAACUGCGGCUGGUACAGUGGUUCUGAUCAGGCUGACAUGCAGGAGAUCAGCGGUGAAGCCUACAUCGUGUUUGGGAUCAUUUCCUUCUUCUGGGAGCUGCUACCCACCAGCUUAGUUGUGGUUUUCUUCCGAGUCCAGCGACCCAACCAAAACCUGACUGCCGGAGGGAUGAUCAACAGCCACAGUUUCAGCUCCAGAACGUAUUUCUUUGACAACCCUCGACGGUACGACAGUGACGACGACCUGUCCAGAAGCAUCAACAGUCGGGCUGAUCGAGCCAGCCUCCUCUCCAGCACGCCCCAGCUGGGUGCGUCCAGUUGGUACGGAUCCAUCCAAUGUAACGGGGCUCCGACGGCGGGCGCUGCGUCAGCCCAUCAGCCGCCACCCUCCACCGCCCCUGUGCUCUUUGCCUACGGGAACGUCCAGAGUCACCACCACAACUACUACUCCACCCCACAGAACAACAACUACCACCACCAUCAUCACAGUAACUACUAUUCCACGCCACAAAAUUAUUACUGCGGGUCGCAAACAUAUUUCUGCACCCCACAGAAUUAAGCGUACAAAGGGCCGACAUCUAAGUGUCGGUCCUUUGUACGAGUGUCUACAUUUGCGUCACCAUUUUGCCUCCCCGACUUCAUCGAAGCAGGUGCCCUUGAGUGGUACUAUAUGAAAGAUGGCUGAGGACCAAGUCCAGAGCACAAGAACUGGUUGUUUUCAAGAAACGUGGUGAAAUCAACAACAGGGAAGUUGUUGUGCCACGACGAACUUCUUUUUGAAGACUUCACCAUCGUUUAAGGGAAGAAAACGGACCAGAAUGAAAGCCAGCGCAGUCCAUGGACCAGAGUUGUUGCUAAUGCACCUAAAACUGCAAAGACCAAACUUUUCCUGUUAAAUGUUUGUCAUGCAGGUUGUCAUUUUUGAAAGUGGAAUCAUCAGGGACCUAAUAAUCGCUCUCAUGGUCCUAUUUCACGUUCCUUUUAAAUUGUAUUCAGUUGCACUUCUAUGGGUGGUACAAGUGGGCGUAUUGAGUUCUAGAAGCUAAUGCUGGAGAUGCAAUGGUCUCAAGACGUAAUUUUCACGAGCGUUUGGCCAACUGAGUGGUCAAAAGUAGGUUGUGUUACUGUUUUCAGUGGGAACUCAUAUGAUGCGGCCAUAUGUAGCAUUAAAAUGGUCAUAUCGGCUGGACAACAACAGUAAAGGAUGCUCACCUAGUCAUGAUCCUCAAUCCUGAUGAUAUGACAAUGAUAUGCAUCUAUAGAUUUCAUGGUGUUUCUCACUUUUAGGUCUGAAUACAUUACAGAAAGUAGCUUUUGCCAUUUUGCCAUUGGUUGCUGUUUCAUUGAGGGUUAGCCAGCUUCUAUCAGAUGCUAGAUUUUCUAAUAUAGGGAGAGUUUCUACUCUAACUAGUUCUACUAUUACAUAGAUGGUAAUGCUAACAGUUAUCUUCUACUCAUAUAGAGACCAAUCCAUCACACACGUGCUAAUAUUAUCUUUUAAGUUGCCGAUUUUUUGUGUUUACAAACCGUGAUCGUUAAUUUUGCUGCCACAUAAAUAGAAAGUUCUACAAGACUUGUAUAGUUUCACGUGUAAAAUAAGCAUUUUUUGCAGUAUUCGUAACUGAUAUUAAAAUACUGGUCAGUUUAUGUCAGUGGUAAAUAAACAAUAGAAUAUGUCGCUGCCAUGUGGGAGUUACCGUCGCUCUCAAUAGCACAACCCUGGUCCAACAUGCCGGCGCUGUCCAGGGUUCUUAACCCACAAUCACACGAUGGAAACUAUACGAAAAGAGAAGUCACGGUACAACUACACAUUAGAGGUGAUAAAUGACAGAAGAAUGACCAAUAUAUUAAGGAUUAAAGUUGCAAUAUGUGACACUCAACACUGGACAAUAUAUCUGACCAAAAACUGGAUGGAAUCAGCUCCUGUUUGUGAGCGGUUCGAAAAUUUGCACUUAGAAAUUCACCUUCAGAGAAAAAAAGGCUUUGGGGAUUGAAUGUAGGAUUUCAUCUUGUUGUGUGUGUUUCCUUCAACCUGUUACUGCUCAUCCUUUGAGAAAGGAUCAAUGUGCCAUCGCCUUUUCAUAUCUAAGACUUUCAUUCCUGAAGGAAAAUAUUUUUGCACAAGAAAAAGGUGGGAUAGGGUGGGAUGUUUUUAAUCGAUAAUGUCGAAUCCAUUUCUAAUCCAAGCAGGUUACGUGAUGUUUUGAGUCGGUAUGUUUGUGAUGUUAGAUUUUUGUUCUUGUGUAGUUUGCUUAUUUUUUUUAACAUGAUUUUUGUAUUUUACAGAUUUUAUAGUUUCUUCCACUUUCCCUCUCUCCUAUCAUUAUUCAUAAUCUCACCUUUUCUGAAUCUAAUGAUAGACUGUGGUCUUUUUUUUACGUUAAUAGAAUUGUUUUUUUUGUGAAUGUCCCAGUUCUCAGACUAAAAUGACUGGAUUUGAUUUGUCAGGACUGAGGAGGAAAAUGCUGCACGAGUGUUUCUGAACGCUGUCGUACGUCUCAGACAUUUGUCAUCAAACUCAAUCUGUAAAUGACCAUGUAAACUUUGACCUAGAGGUUCAGUGUGUAGGAGCUAGUGGCAUCUCGUGUUAAUAUUUUGAGAAUUAAGACAGAAUAUUACGACUUUGUAAUACUACAAGAAUAAAGUCAUAUUACAAAAAUAAAAUCAUAAUUUUCAUAAAACUUAAUUCUGAAGUAACGAAAACACUAUUCUUAGUUUCAGGUGACUUUUACACAAAUUAAAAUAUAAUGGUUAAAUAUUUGAUCCUGCCAGAGAUCCGACUUAGUCCCACACACUGGUCCUUUACUGUUCACUAUCUAAACGCCUGGUUCUGUUUCUCAGAACAAAUUAGCGGUGGCGUCAUUUGAAGAAAAGUGCUGUUUGUGUAAAGCAUCGCAUGUAUCAACAGGUUUCACUGAGCACUUUAAAACACAGUGAAGGUCUGCGUCCAGCUGUUCUAACAUCUGUUAACACCUGCAGUGCAUGCUUCUGUACCAGAGUGCAAGAACUCAGUGUCAUAUCUUUAUCUUAUCAUAUCUUUCCAAAGUGAUUUUAAUUUGUGUGGAGAUGUUGACGAUUGUUUUAUGAGUUGUUUUAUCCGUGGCCAUACUGAAUGUAAUCUAGUGUGUGACAGAUCACUAACGAUGUGUAUGCAAGAAAAGAAGCACUACCAUGUUAAAUAAAGACCCACUGCACUGUU